CAACACUGUCAUUUCCCCCGAUGGAAGCGAUAUUGGUGGUAUGUAACAGUUUAUUGAUGGCAACGGUGUAUAGCGCGCGCAUUCAAAUUGCUCAGUGAUAAUUUAAAAAAGGAAUUGAAAACCCGAUAAUGCCAGACCAAGAGUUAGCAUGGACUCAAGAAAUAGUUCCCUUGAGGGAUUGGUUGAACAAGCAGCCUCACUUACCACAUGAUGUCGAGGAUUUCUUACUACAUCGCUUCUACCUCAGUUGCCAUAAAAGCCUGGAGCGUGCCAAGAGAACCAUGGACCUGUUCUUCACGAUGCGUUCGUCAACACCAGAUCUCUUCUGCAAACGCGAUCCGUGCUCACCUGAGAUUAGGAAGGUUUUCGAAGUCACUGAUAUGCUGCCUCUUCCGAAAAGGACAAAGGAUAACUAUAACGUCUUCAUCUACCGUUUAAGGGUACCAGAUUUGGACAUGUUCAACUUUCUGGAUGCCGUGAAAACAUUUUUCAUGUUAAUAGACACGCGUCUGACUGAAGAAGACGAUAUACCUUCCGGCGAAAUACCGAUUUUUGAUGCCGCCAAUGUGUCUCUAAAGUUCAUUGGAAAAGUUAAUCUAUCUGUGCUAAGAAAGUACAUGAUGUACACACAGGAGGCCGUUCCAGUGAGGCUAAAGCAAGUGCAUGUGAUCAACAGCCCUUCAUAUAUCGGAAAAAUAUUCGGGCUUUGCAAACCUUUCCUCAAGAAUGAAGUUGCUAAAUUGAUUAAAUUUCAUGAGCCGAAUACAGAGACCCUAUACACGGAUAUCCCCAAAGAUAUUCUUCCCGAGGAGUACGGAGGUGCCUGUGGGAGUGUCGAUCAGAUUAAACGUUAUUGGAUCAAACGAAUGGAGGCUAAAAGAAAUUGGUUCCUGGAAAACGAUAAGAACUGGUUUGUUGAAGAAUCCCUUAGACCUGCAAACUGUCGCGACGAGAAGAUUGAAAAAUUAAGAGACUUGCCAGGAUCAUUCCGUUCACUCGCACUUGACUAGCGGUUAGAAAACAGCAGGGCUAUUCUAUAACCGAUUUCCAACAGCUCUCCGCAAUUGACACUCCUAGCAGACCGAUUCCAUAGUAAUAUGAUAAUUAUAAAGUCUUGACAUAAUCUAAAUUUCGAUGUAGUAGUUUCCCUAGCCCUGGUGUAAAUACUUCGCAUUACUUGGAAUCGAUAUGGAAAUCGGAAUCG